UUUUGUUUACAUAAUAAUAUGACAAAAUGAGAUAUUGCAUUUUUAAUUGUUAUAGAAAGUUAAUUAAAAAUGUCCCCUCACGAAAGUAUACAACUAAUUCUGAUUAUCAGACGAAAAUUGAAAAGAUCAGGAAUAUCGGAAUAUUAGCACAUAUAGAUGCAGGCAAAACAACAACAACGGAACGUAUGCUGUACUAUUCCGGGACUAUACGAUCUAUGGGCGAAGUACAUCAUGGUAACACGGUCACCGACUACAUGGAGCAGGAGAGACAACGAGGAAUUACAAUCACAUCGGCUGCGGUAUCCUUCCCUUGGCAUGGUACACAAAUCAACUUGAUUGAUACUCCAGGGCAUAUUGACUUCACUAUGGAGGUGGAACAGAGUCUCGCUGUGCUUGACGGUGCUGUCAUUGUCUUGGAUGCUUCAGCUGGUGUGGAGGCCCAAACAUUGACGGUGUGGCGACAGGCGAGUGGUUACCGAGUCCCUCGUAUACUCUACCUGAAUAAAAUGGACAGGAAUGAUGCAGAUGUGAACAGCUGUAUUAGAUCUGUGCGCGAGAAGCUACAAGCUACACCCCUCAUGAUACAUGCACCUGUCACUAAGGAGGGAAAACUUAUUGGUCUCAUUGAUUUAGUUACUUGCGAAGAAAUUGUAUGGACUCAAGGACGGGGACAGAAUUACAUUCGACGUAAACUUACAGAGAAAGAAGAUGGGAAAAAUUGGGAAAAAAUAAUGAAUAGCCAUAGACAACUGAUAGAUACUCUCUCCUCAUUGGAUGAUCAGUUAGCAGAGACAAUAAUACAACAGGAUUCAUUGGACAAUAUUGAAAUACCACAGAUUAAUGAAGCUAUUAGACGGUGCACGCUAAAAAUGAUUGGAUUUCCUUUAUUAUGUGGGAGUUCUUACAAAAACAUUGGUGUUCAGACUUUGAUGGAUUCCAUAGUUUCUUAUUUACCAUCACCUUUGGAAUGCAAUAGAAUUUACAAGAGUUUUGGUUCAGAAUUAGCCGCUAGGGCCUUCAAAGUGCAGCAUGAUGACCAAAGAGGUGUGUUAACAUUCCUAAGGCUGUAUAGUGGUGAGAUUGAAAAGGGACAGAAGAUAUACAACCUGGCACGAGAGAAGAGUGAACAGACAGGAUCGCUGUACGUGGCGCUGGCGGACGAGUACCGGCCAGUGGACAAGGUGACUGCGGGGAACAUUGCUGUUGUUAGUUCUCUUAAGACAACGAUGACCGGAGACCUGGUAACAUCAACGCAGUCGUCCGCCAAGCGCGCGCGCAGUCAGCUGGCGCGCUGGCUGCAGGAGCCAGGGGCUGAGGAGCUGAUGCUGCCCAGCGCACGCCAGCGUCUGCAGACCUUCGAUACUCAACCCAGUAAUGAGGAACUCGCUGAAGUGUUGCUCGGAAUAGGUACGACAGUCCCCGAGCCAGUAUUCCUUUGCUGCAUCGAGCCGCCCAGCGCGGCGCAGCAGAGCGCGCUGGAGGUGGCGCUGGCGGAGCUGCAACGAGAGGACCCCAGCCUGAGAGUGUCCACGCACGAGGAUACUGGACAGCUGGUGCUCGCUGGUAUGGGGGAGCUUCAUUUGGAGAUAAUAAAGGAGCGCAUCAUCAGGGAGUACAAGAUAGAUGUGGAGUUGGGUGCGCUGCAGAUCGCGUACCGCGAGCAGCUGCUGGGAGGAGCCAGGUCCUCGCUGGAGGUAGACCGGAAGAUCGGCAGCGCGCGACAGGCUGUCAAGAUCACCAUGUCCGCUAACACUGUGAAAGGAAUCUCCCAGGAUAAGAUUCUCAAAUUGGACAGGAGCGGCGAGAGCGCGGCCAACCUGUCUCACAUCCACCCGCGCACGCUGGCCGCGCUGCAGCUGGCCGUGCGCGCCGCGCUGCAGCACGGGCCCAAGCUCGGCUGUCCUCUGGUGGACGUGCAGGUGACGCUGCACUGGCUGGAGCUGGGGCGCGGCACCUCCGACUCCGCGCUCGGCGCCGCCGCCGUGCAGUGCCUGCGCAAGGUUUUCGAGGAGGCGGGGUCGGCAGUGCUGGAACCGAUGAUGUCGCUGCAGGUGGUGGUGCCGGAGAGCCACUCAGCGCGCGUCACGGCAGACCUGGCGCGUCGCCGUGCUGACCUGCACCAUGUCCACACCAGGCAGGGUAACAAGGUGAUAGAAUGUGUGGCGCCACUAUCGGAGCUGCUGGGGUACUCCGGGGCGCUGCGGUCGCUGAGCUCGGGGCUGGCCAGCUUCAGCAUGGAGCUGCGCGCGCACCGCCGCAUGCAGCCGCAAGACGAGCACAAAGCGCACAAGCACGUCACUGGCUUUUAACAUGCAAGCUUCGCCUACUACAAAUAUAGAUGGCGCUUUUGUAAAAAAUUUUUUUUCAUGGAGUCAUACAUAGAUGGCGCUAUAAAGAAAU